AUGCGAGUGAUGAUACCAAACCUUCCAAUUACGUCAGUUGUUCCGACAUCAUUUACUAACACAUAUACAUGUUGGAAUGAUAAUAAUGCUCAAGUUCAGUAUGAACCAAUGGAACUACCUAAUUUACGGGCUACAUCAGAUCCCUUAUCAUCUAAUAUGACCCUAGUCGACCGUAUGACAAAUGAACAUUUAUCAGAAUUUAAUACUCAAACAAGUCAACCAUUUAUGACUGAUACCAUGUCUACGAACGUUAGUCAAAAUCUCAUCGAUAACAUUAAUAGAAACAAUUGCUUCGACCCCUGUGAAGAAUUAAUGAAUUGCCUACCUGUGACUACAAGUUCUAAUGCAUCCAUAAAUAAUCAAACUAAAUCACAUAUCGAGACGGUAGGUAACAAUUUUUAA